GAUGGAAAGAUGUUGAAGGUCUUAUUUGAUUUUCUACCUGGAAAACUGAAGACUUGAUUGGGUGCUUCAUCUGAUUUUUGUGAUCAGUCUUGAAUCAAGCUUUUCGCUUUAUUUCUUGUGGUGCUGGUUUGAUGGGAUCAAAUGUGGAUGAGAAGAAACAGGAUCAUGAGAGUAGUUUGAAGUUGAAUAGUAAAGUUCCCACAAAGCCUUGAGCGCGAAAAUAUGAAAUUGAAUGGUACAAGUCCUUUUGCGACUCCACACAUUAGUCCAACUUCAUCCUUGCAAGUAGUGGUAGCUGUGUCUCCACCUGCAGUAAACUUCAAUAUGUGAUCUUUCAGGUGAUUUUUCUCAUUCGACAGGUAUAAAAGUGCACACAGUGGUGUGAGAGUAAUGACAAUGAGGGUUACAUAGUGAGAAAUGUGGAUAUUGAAGAGAUGCUUCCAAACCUGAGCCAGAAAAUCCAGAGGAUGAUAUGGACAACAGUGUGACUUAUAAUGAUGAAGAUGAAGACGAGGAUAACUGGGGUGAUCCUACUACCUAUAUAUUUAGUUCCAAGGAUGAGGUAAGUGGAUGCAAAGAGGAAAAACAGAGAGCAAUGGAAAAUUCAAGGCACUUGUGGGCCAGCUUCUUAAAUCUGUUGGACUUCCCUCUUCUGAUGAAGGUGAUAAGAGUUGGAUGGAAAAUUAAAAAAAAUAAAUAUCCAUAAUAAGUUACAACACCCAAUUUUUUCAUAAUAAUAAAUAACACAAUCAGAAAUUCCAUUAUUAAAAAAAAUCAAUCCAUAAAGUCCGCUUCUGUUUUUAAAAUAUUUUUAAAAAGUCUCUAAUAUUUAAUUUAUUUUUGAUAUUUUAAUUAUAUUUUUUAUUAAUUUUUUAAUAACAAACUAUUAGUCACUAUUAUUUAUUUUAAUCCUGAUCUUAAAUUAAAAUAAAAGUUGUAGUCUAUUUAAACAAAUUUUGUCGAGUCAACUCUUUUGUUUUUAAUUUUUAAUUUUGAAAAUCAGUUUGUUUAUAUACUCUGUUUCUUUUAUUGUUUCAUUAUGUCGGUCCAUCCUAGAAUAGGAUUUGGAAAAUAAAAUAGAAUUUAUAAAUGAAACAGAAUUUGAAAACGAAAACUUUCUAUUUUCCCAUAAUCUAAAAAUAGGAAACCAAGCAAGAAGCAAAGAAGAAGAAGAAGAAGCAAGAAGCUAAGAAUGAGUGAAGAGGAACUAGGUACUUUCUCAAUGAUGGAUCCUUUGGAUAUGAUAGAUCCUUGGGAUAUGAUAGACUGGGAUGCGGAUAGAAGGAAUAUGGUAGAGCAGUGUGCCAUUGACGUGGGUGGCAAUCAACCACCUCAGCCCAAGCCGCAGCCGGAUGUAAGGGAGAUUACAGUAGCUCAGUUUUUCAGUGACACGUGUGGUAAUCCUCAGUUCGAUAUGGUUCUUGCUGAGUGUUUGCCAGAACCUCAGCCUCAGCCUCAGCCUCAGCCUCAGUCCCACCCUCAUCCUCAGCAGUUUCAGCAGUUUCUUGCUGAUUGUGGUUAUCAACUACCUGAGUCUCAGCUUCAGCUCCAACCUAUGCAACCUCAGGUCUGGACUUGGGAGGAGAACAAAGCCUUUGAGUCAGUUAUUACCAAUUGUUUUGAGUAUGCUAAACGCAAUUCCUGGGAGCUCAUUGCUGCUCGUCUCCCUGGAAAGACCCCGGCUCAACUGCAAGAACGCUUCAAGAAGCUGAUGAAGGACAUCAAUGUCAUCCAUAACGGUUAUACUUCAAACACUCCUCUGAAUACUGCAUCUGAGAACAUGACUAUGAUAAUGGCUGCUCCUAUCACCACAUUGGAACACAACCCUGUCUCCGUCCCCAUCAUCAAUGCAACAACAACAACCCCACCACCACCGCCUUAUAACACUGAUCAUCAACAUCACAGGGCGGAGGUAGUCGCGGCCGCAGCACCAAUGGAGGCAGCAACAAGGGAACAAAGCCAAUCUGCUAACACCAACAAUACAAAGAAAUAUUCUCGGUGGACUGAAGAUGAGCAUAGAUUAUUUGUUAGAGGCUACCAAGCAGAAGGUACAAAUUGGUCAAGAAUUUCAGAAUAUUAUGUCAAAACAAGAACUUAUCAUCAAAUUAGCAGUCAUGCUCAGAAAUACUUUAGACAUAAAGAAAGAUUAGCUAAAGGAGAAAAGUUAAGAAAAAGCAUUUAUGAUGUAAUUUGAUCAUUGAAUUGUACCCUAAUCCAAAGGGUUUAAUAGAUGGAGGAUUUGCUUAAAGGAGGAAGAACAUGUAAAUGUACUAAAAUUUUUUUUAUUUAGGUUGAAAAAUGAAAAUAUAGGAACAAUGAGGUAGGAGUAUAAGACUUGUCUGUAACAGGAACAUUCUAGAUAUAAUUGUAAUUCAUAAUUUUUGUUAUUAAUAAUAUUUGAUUCCUAGUUCUCCGGCCUUGAUGGCAAUGCCGAAGGGGACGGGGAGCUAGUUUCUAUUUAAAGUCUC